AUGACCAACCAAAACAACGCGAAUUCCAACCCCAUCUUCCCUUCUUCUUCGUCGUCUCCUCCUUCCCCACUUCCUCCGCCGCAGAUUUCUUCCCUCCCGAACCCUAACCACCAUCGGAAGAAGCGAACGAAGUUGAACAAGAUUCUGCUCACCCACAAUGCGGCUGAGGCGGCGGCGAGUGGGAGCGCCAGGAAGAACAAGGGCAGCGGCGGUGGGGGGAAAAAGGCGGACCCAUCAGCGCCGAAGACCAAGCCGUGUACGGAGUGCGGGAAGAUGUUCUCGUCUUGGAAAGCUCUGUUUGGUCACAUGAGGUGUCACCCUGAGAGAGAUUGGCGCGGGAUUAACCCUCCCCCAAAUCACCGCCGCCGCCCUCCUCCGCCGCAGAUUCCCCUUACGAUUUGCCCUCCCUCACCGCCGCCGCCGCCGCACCUUCACGGGACCCACAUCGGGGAAUUGAUGACGAUGACCGCAGCGGAUCACGAGGUGGCUGAUUGCUUACUCGCCUUGGCCAAUUUCACCGUCAGUCACCAAUCCCCUGUUUUAGCAGCGGCAGAGCGAAAUUGGGGAAACAGAGCAUCCUCCGCCGCCGCCGAAGGAGGCGAAUUUGGCGGCGCAAUUGUACCUUUCCGAGAUCACAAUCGAGAAGGCGAAGGAGGGGAUUCGGUUCGGUUCGAGUUAUCCAGUAGCAAGAAGGUAUUCGGGUCGCAACAGGCGCUAGGAAGUCACCGCGCCAGCCACACACUUUUUCCCGCGGACGAUUUUCGGCAGAACAGUUCAUUAGCCGAAAGCAGCAGCGCGGGUUGUGGUGAUGUAAAUUCAGCAGAGACGACGACGGCCGCGGUCGUGUUGGCCGGAGGAGAUGGCAGUUCCGUAACCGGCGGCAACCACAAAUGUAGCAUUUGCCUUCGAGUUUUCCCCAGCGGGCAGGCGCUCGGCGGGCAUAAGAGAUGCCAUUGGGACAAUCAGAGAGCCAAUCAGCAGCAUCAGAAUCAAGGAUCUCAAUCUUCGUCUCCGAUGUUGAUGGUGGACCUGAAUUUGCCGGCGCCAGUCCCAUCGCCGGCUGUGAUUCCUCCGGCCAAAGAUGAAGAGCAUGAAUGCUCCUCCUCCUCCCCGGUCUCUCUGUCGUCGCCCCCAACUCUGGACUUGAGGUUGGGCCUUUGA